UCCAGCUCUCCAGUACUUUCUCAUAUCCGCUUCGUCUUCCCCAUACUUCCUCCGAUCUCGGAACUCCGUUCGCAAUGUCGGACAACGCUGCUGCUCCCGCCGCCGAAGUUGAGAAGAAGCCGUCGCCGCCGCCGGAACUGAAACGCUCGUGGGGCGACGAGGCGGAGGAGGAGGAUGACAAGCUCCCGCCGCCGCCGUCCCCUAUCGGCGAGGGGCCUUCGAAAUCCGAAGUCUCCGAGCUCGACAUCGAGACGCUGAAAAUCGACGAGAGCAAGAAGAAGGUCAACGAGUUCCUCGAGGAGCCCGAAGACUCCACCAUCGAAGCUGUGACUACCGGCGAAACGCCGUAUACUUCUGCUGCUACGUUUGAGGAGCUGAACCUCUCGCCGGAGCUGUUGAAGGGUUUGUAUGUGGAGAUGAAGUUUGAGAAGCCUAGUAAGAUUCAGGCCAUUAGUCUGCCGAUGAUCCUGACCCCUCCGUACAAGGAUUUGAUAGCUCAAGCGCACAACGGUUCAGGGAAGACCACUUGCUUCGUGCUGGGAAUGCUGAGUCGUGUAGAUCCAUUGAUCAAAGCGCCUCAAGCGUUAUGCAUCUGCCCAACUCGGGAAUUGUCUAUUCAGAACAUAGAAGUUCUAGAGAAGAUGGGAAAGUACACUGGGAUUACAUUCGAAUGUGCCGUGCCUGUGGACAGUGGUAGUGAGAAGUUCAAUCGGAAUCCAGUGUUUGCUCAGGUUGUUAUUGGCACCCCGGGAACCAUCAAAAGGUGGAUGUCGCAGAGAAAGCUAAGCGUCCAAGAGAUGAAGGUUCUUGUAUUUGACGAGGCAGAUCACAUGCUGGCAAAGGAUGGCUUUCAAGAUGACUCCCUCAGGAUCAUAAGAGACAUCCGGAAAGCCCAACGGAAUGCUCAGGUUCUUUUAUUCUCAGCAACCUUUGAUGAGAAUGUCAAGAACUUUGUUUCAAAGGUUGUCCACGACUACAAUCAACUGUUUGUCAAGAAAGAAGAACUGUCAUUGGAGUCUGUUAAGCAGUACAAGGUGUUCUGCCCUGAUGAGCAGAUCAAGAUUCGGGUGAUAGGGGAGAGGAUCCUCGAACUCGGCGAGAAGCUUGGACAGAUUAUUAUCUUCGUGAAUUCAAAGAAAUCUGCUAGCAUGUUGCACACUGCACUUGUGGAACUCGGUUAUGAGGUUACAACGAUACACGGUGCUCUUAAUCAUGAGGACCGUGACAAGAUUGUCAAGGAGUUCAAGGACAAUCUUACAAAAGUUCUCAUUUCGACUGAUGUGCUUGCUCGAGGUUUUGAUCAACAGCGGGUUAAUUUGGUUGUCAACUUCGACCUGCCCAUCAAGUAUGAUAAUACCGAGCAGCCUCCAGGCCGUAGAGUUCCACGAGAGCCUCAUUUUGAGGUGUACCUGCACAGAAUCGGCAGGGCUGGGCGUUUUGGCAGGAAAGGAGCUGUUUUCAACCUCAUAAUGACGGAGACCGAUCGAGUCCUGAUGGAGAAGAUAGAGCGCUACUUUGACAGUCCCGUCACUGAGGUCCCGUCUUGGAAAAGCGAAGAAGACUUCGCUGUGGCUCUUAAGUCUGCUGGUUUGCUGUGAGGCCGCUGUAGUGAAGGGGUUAGAGAGUGUUUUAUUGUGUAGCCAUUUUGUGGUCGCCUUUUCUAUCUUGUUUAUAGCGGUUUCGGUUUGUGUUUGUUGAACUCUGUAGAAUCAGUUUCGAACUUUCGAUUCAAUACUAUUGUGCAACAUGAAAUUCAGUUUAGAAAUCAAUGAAAUUGUUGCAUCAGCUGCAAACAUUGAUUUUUCUCUUUUGCAUAUUAUCUUUGGUAAUAUUACUAUAUUGGAUGCC